AUGGCCACACGCCAACAUUCGAGCAUCCCGGCACACCCGCGUAUCGUCCGCCUGUACGGGUCGGUGGUCCAGCGCCACAGCGGCGCCGGGCCCAGCGUGCUUCUGGUCUCCGAGCGGAAGGUCCGCGACCUGCACUCGGCCGUGCGAGCGGGCCUGAGCCUCGCCUGCCGGAUGAGGAUCAGCUGCGAUAUUGUUGAAGGAAUCCGUUAUCUCCACUCCUUCGGACUCGUCCACCGGGACAUCAAGAUGAAGAAUGUCCUUCUAGACGAGUCUAACAGAGCCUCGCUGUCCGACCUGGGCUUCUGCGCGGCCGAGGCUCUGAUGUCGGGGUCGGUUGUGGGAACACCAGUACACAUGGCGCCUGAAUUACUAGCUGGAGGAUAUGACGCGGCUGUGGAUGUCUACGCCUUCGGGGUGCUGUUCUGGUACGUGUGCGCUGGUAACAUCAAGCUACCUUCGGCAUUUGAGAUGUUCCAGAAUAAGGAGCAGCUUUGGAGCAAGGUCAAAAGAGGCCUCCGUCCAGAACGCCUGCCUCACUUCUCCGACGAGUGCUGGGAGGUCAUGGAGGCCUGUUGGCACCCCGAGCCUUCCCAAAGGGCUCACUUAGGCGACAUACAGCCCAAAUUAGAACGGAUACUUGAGCAAGCGAUGCAGUGCAACUACAACAAUGAACCUUGUGUCGAUAGGAAUACGGAUCUAGAUGUCUCGGAUGAAGAUAGCUUGGAUAUGACCGGUAUACAUGGCAAUGGUGUAUAAGCUACAAUUAUUAACCCUAUGUCGAAGGAAAUACGACCUAAGUCGAUCCUUUAUUAAAUAAGAGCACCACAGAGACAUACGCCCGUUUUCACAAACAAUGCUUGCUUAUGUGAAGCAGCCAAUCGAACGCACUGCUUGAAUAGAGCUCUGUGAUUGGUCCACGCGCACUAUGAGACCUCAUAGUAAUGUUUGUGAAUACGCGCGAUACAGCCCAAGUGAGAACGGAUACUGGAACAAGCCAUGCAGUGCAAAUACAACAAUGAAGCUUGUGUCAAUAGGAAUAAGGAUGAGGAUAGCUUGGAUAUGACCGGGAUUCACGGGAAUGGUGUAUAAGGGAGUCAUUCACUACAACAAUGAACUAUGUGUAGAUAGGAAUAAGGAUGAAGGUAGCUUAGACAUGAACCCUAUGUCGAAGGAAAUAAGUUUAUAAGCGAUCCUUUACUAAAAUAUAGCACUUAGGCGAUAUACAGCCUAAUUUAGAACGGAUACUGGAACAAGCGAUGCAGUGCAACUACAACAAUGAACCUUGUGUCAAUACGAAUAAGGAUGAAGAUGGCAUCGACGGGAAUGGUGUAUGAGCGAUUCAUUAACCACAAAAUGAACUCAACGCCGAUGGGAAUACGAUCUAGAUGUCUUUGAUGAAAUUAGCUUGGGCAUGAAUGCCUUCACGCGAAUGGAGUGUAAAUAAAAUAUUAUUAUGUAGGGUGAAUAUGAAUUAUAGGACUAAAGCCUGGUCCGUGAGCACGU